CGUGAGCGGCGGCGGCGGCGGCGGCGGCUCGUGAGUCCCGGUCCCUCCCAGCGCGGCCUCCCCGCCCCGCCCGGCCCGGCCCGGCCCGGCCCGGCGGCCCCGGCAGGAGAACCCAGCUGCCAAGGCUGUUGUGUUAUGACGACCCCCAACAAAGGAAACAAGGCCUUGAAGGUGAAGAGGGAGCCAGGCGAGAAUGGGACCAGCUUGACAGAUGAGGAGCUGGUGACCAUGUCUGUGCGAGAGCUGAACCAGCACCUGCGGGGCCUGUCCAAAGAGGAGAUCAUCCAGCUGAAGCAGCGUCGGCGCACGCUGAAGAACCGGGGCUACGCGGCCAGCUGCAGAGUGAAGCGCGUUACCCAGAAGGAGGAACUGGAGAAGCAGAAGGCAGAGCUGCAGCAAGAAGUGGAGAAGCUGGCCUCAGAGAACGCCAGCAUGAAAAUGGAACUUGAUGCUCUCCGCUCCAAAUACGAGGCUCUCCAGAACUUCGCCAGAACCGUGGCCCGGAGCCCCGUGACCCCUGCACGGGGGCCUCUCACUUCCAGUAUGGGGCCCCUCGUCCCUGGCAAGGUUGCUACUACCAGUGUCAUCACAAUAGUGAAAUCCAAAACGGACGCCCGGUCUUAGUGAAGCGAGCGUUGCCUGAGCUUGUCUGUGCAGGGCAGUUAGGCACAAAACCAGCCUGGAAUCCCCAAAGCACAAGCCCUCCCCACAUGGGUCCGGGUUCCUUUGACUUGGCCCAGGACUGGCCUGCUGAUCGCUCCAGUUUAUUUUGUUGUGUCCAGAUUGGUAUGAGCAGUGGUGAUGCAUCCCUUGUCCUGUGCAGACAGAGCUUCCCACCCAGCAGUCUAUAGCCCUCAGGUGCCCUGGGGACAGACUGUGAGAUUUUGGUUUUCUACCCAAAGAGAAUCUGUGCAGCGUGGCUGAGAGAAGGGUGGAGGAGUGGCCCGAGGAAAGCGUUCUUCCUGGGGGCUGGGAACCCUAAUUUUCGGUCACUUCCAAAGGCUUUAUUUCAUGACUCUUCCAGGUGGUGCAUCUCAGCACCUGAACCUGCUGCUUUUGUCUCCUUUGGUACCUGUAGUUACAGUUGGGGUGUUCUGUGUCCUAGGUUUUAUUCCUUUCUAGGUGUGCCUCUGUGCCCUAGCCGUGGGUUUCCCUCAGACCACGCCGUUGGCUGUGUGAGCUGGCAGUGCUGGGGGACGGUGCUGCCGCGUCCUGAGCCCCCGCAGGGAAGGAGGGAGCAGCAGGACUGUGUUGACUGCAGGCCGGUUUUGUGCCUAAUGUGUUGCACUGAACAAGACCAAAAUCACUAGUUGUUCCCGUGUUUUGAGGGUAUCAAGUGUCUCUAGUGUGAUGGUUUACACAACCAGUUUAUGUGGUUAAAUAGCCCUUUAUUUAAAGAGAGAAACAUCAUUUUAAGAAUUAUUAAAUUAUCUAAGUUUAAAAUUGGACAGAAGAGAGAGCGUAUUUAUAGUCAGCUUUUUUACCUGAGAAGGCGAGAAUAUUUGACCAUAUGAGUGGGGAAAUAUUCUCAGAGACUUUGCUAGUUAAAGUUAAUAAAUAAAUAAUUUUAAAGUUUCUCAUGAACCUCCCGCAAACUGUUUGUGGCUCUGAGGUUAGUUUUUAUAAAGAGUUAUCAGACUUUAUUUAUAAAACUUAGAAAAAGACAAAAAAAGAGGCAAGUCCUGUUUGAUAUCUUUUUGCAAUUGUACCAAAAGUGACUUAUUCUUGACCUUGCUAGUUUCUGUGGUGUCCCCCUGUGUUGGGCGCUCUGCUCCCCGAGCUCUCGUGCGGCGCUGUGGUGUGCCGGUGCCUUUGCCAUGUGCUGUCAUUUCACACUGUUGUCGUUUUCCCUAAACUCGACUGAGAGAGUAGGUUGGAAUCUCUCUGGAUUCUCCAGAAGGGUUCUGGUGCACAGGCGAAGGUGCUGCUGUUUUUGGAGACAGGAAUGGCUGGCUGGUGCAGCGAGGUGUGGGGGCAGCUCCUGCUCAGCAGCCAGUGCCAGGCCAGCUUGGUUAUCUGGAGAGGAAAAAUGCUGCACUCUUCUUCCUGCAGCAAACCUUCAGGGAAGUAACGUGAGGGAGACUUGUCCAGGCUUAGGAGAACACUGAUGGGAUUUAGCUCUGGAAUUAGAUCCUGUGGUCAGAACUUGUGUUGUGCUCAUGGCUCACCUAAACAAGAGGGGCAAGUCUGCAACAAGAGGGGCAACGUGGGACAGCCUAGUCCCUGGUGUCUGCACAUUGAGCUGUGGCAGGGUUGCUGUCCUUCCUGGGGUGGCUUCUGCCCAGGGCUCUUAGGAAAGUGCUCAGACUCACAGCUGUGAUGCAGCUGAGAACCUGUUUGUGGCCAGGCUCCAUUUCCACAAACAGUUUGACUCCCCUCUCCCCUUCCCAAAGAUUUGAGCUGAUUUACUGAGUUUUAGAGAAGCAGGACAUGUGAUCUCCUGGCUGCUGAAGAUCUGAGUGGAGGGGGCAGACUGGGGUAACAGGAGUGAAGCCACAGUGUCAUAAUGAGGUAUGGCUGUCCUGGAUAGGUUUUGGGGAUGUGUCUCUCUGCUGAACUGAUACUGCUGUCCCCUGAGCAGGUGAGCAGGUCAGCCUCAGAAAACCUGCGGUGUGGCAGGAGAGGAGCAGGUAGUUGAUGGGGAUUUUCUGCUGGAGGAGAUCAGCUUUGCUCUGAUUGAUAGGGAGUUUAGGGAGUUGUUUGGGAUGCUUUUCCAAGUAAACUUCCCAAAGGAGGAGCAGGUUAGAACAUUGCCUCCAGUGGUCCCUCUUCUGGCCCUGGACUUACUCUUCUCUUCUCUGAAGUGUCUGAUGUGCCACUUCCAGCCAUUCACCACAGGCCACACUCUGCGCAGCACUCAGCAGGCUCUGGUCUUCCAGCUGGUUGUAUGGUGACUGGGGGAAGUGAGAUUUUACAGAACACAGAGGUGUCCAGUUGUCCAGGGGUGUCAUUCCCAACCCCGUCCCUCUUGGAGCCAGGCUGAGCCCUUGGAGCACAGCUGAAUCCUGAUAUGGGCCAGCAGAGCGGGCAAGGUGUGCAUGGGGCUGGCUAGGAUCUUGGUUCCACAGCUGGAGCCUCUGGUGUGAGGAGAGCCCCGGAAACACAGCAGGCAAGGAUGGGCAGCCCUGCAGCCGCGGAGAACUUUCAUUUGUUGGUGCCCGGUGUCAGGGAGCGCGCAGCCCCUGCCGGUGGCAGCCGCUGCUGUGCCCUGGGCUGGCAGCAGUGCCCAAGGACCAGCCGUCCUUCCUGCCGUUUCCCACGGCCCGUGGUGUGUUCAGGGAGCACGGGGAGGGCCGGAGCCAGCCGUGGCUGAGGCUGGCUGAGGGUGACUGAGGGUGCCCCUGUGCUAAACGAGCCCCGCUUGCCCCGCUGCAUGUCGGCGAGGCCACGGUGCCUUGAGCGUGGCUUGCCCGUGGUUUGGUUUUGUUCUCAGUGCAGUGUAGGAGCCAGUGAUGGAUGUGUCUCCGCAGUGUCCGGGCGGUCCGGUCCGGCUCCGGGCUGCCGUGUCCUGCCCCUGCCCGUGCCCGUGCCGGAGCCGUCGCGCCGACUUCUCCCUCCUAUAUAGUGUUCUGGAGUGUGACAGUUCUUGUUCCUGAGGUGCUCGUCCGUUUGGUUUUCUGCUGUGAAGGGUGUCGUGUUCCCUUUCUCCUUUUCCUGGUGCCGUUCCGGGCCGUCGGGGAGGGGUCGGUCCUGCGCCAGCCCCACCGGGAGCGACCCCGGCCCGCCCGGGAUUUGUGUAUUGUGAAUUGUGUGCAGUCGCUCCCGGCCGGAGCCGGGGCUGGCGGACAGAAGGGUCACGCAGAGGGCUCCGGGCUCGGUGCAGGCGGUAUUUAUUGCUAAGUUAUUGCCGUUAUUUAUUCUGUACAGUGUCCGCCGCCUGUGUACGCGACAAUAAAGCGCUUCAACAGCC